GCUUUGCUAUUUCUUUCCCUUCUUCUUCUGUAGUAUUAGCAUGGGAAUCCACUCAUGCCAGCUCAUGUUGCUGUGUGCUUCCUAAUUGAGCCACUGGUGUUAUAUAUGUCCCAGACCAGCUCUGCUGUGGUCUCUUCUCAUCUUCCCACGCCUUCCCUGCCUCUGCUGCUCAUCACAGGGUCCAUUGUCACCAUACAAACUCCUGGAUCCAUGGCCUCUGAAGCUUCUGUGACAGAUGAAACGGUUACUGAGAUCGAUACAAAUGUUUCUGAUGACAUAAGUAAUGCUUAUGAAAUGAGUGCUUCAGAGCCUGAGGAUCCAAAAGUAAAAGACGUAGAGGAAAAGAAGAUUGAGACUAAUGUAUCUGGUGAUGUAAGUAAUGCUGAUGACAUGAGUCUUUCAGAGACCGAUGAUCUAAAAGGGAAAGAUGAAGAGGAAAAGAAGUUUGAGACUAAUGUUACUGAUGAUGCAAGUAAUGCUAAUGAGGCGAACCCUGCAAAGCCUGAGGAUUUAGAAGUAAAAGAUGGGGAGGAAAAGAUUGAAACAAAGGUUUCUGAUGAUGUAAGUAAUGCUGAUGAGCCAAGUCUUUCAAAGCCUGAGGAUCUAAAAGGAAAUGAUGAAGAAGAAAAGCAGAUUGUGACUAGUGUUUCUGAUGAUAUAAGUAAUGCUGAUGAGGCAAUUUCAAACCCCGAUGAUCUAAAAGGAAAAGAUGAAGAGGAAAAGGCUGUGCAGGAUUCAGCAAGUGUUGAAGCACCUACAGCUGAAACAGAAGAGAAUCUGGAACAAAAAGAAGAGGGCACUGUGAUUGAGGUGGUGAAGGAAGCAGCAAUAGAUGAGUCAGUUUCAGAACCAUCAGUUGAAGCUGAAGAAAAGGAUGCAAUGGGCAAAACUGAUGUACCUAAUACCCCUGAAUCACCAAAGGAACCUGUGGAGCAACCAGCAGAGGUUUCAGAUGCAUCUGUUACAGAAGAUUCAAUUGAAACACCAGAAGAACCAUCAGUCUCAGAAAUCGUGACUGAAGAAGCAAAAAGUAUUGAAGAAUCUUCAGAAGUUUUUAGUGUACCUGAUUCUCUAUUAGUAACACAUGACAAACCUGUAGAACUACCUCCUGUUGGUUUAGUCCAGGAACCUGCUCCUGAUUCCAAUGUGAUCCUCAAUGCAAAUGAAACAGCAGAAAAGUCCCAAGAGGGAGAGUCUACGUCACAAGAACUACCUCAAAACGAAAUCUCAUCAUCCAGUACUGAAGAUCCAAUCAAUCAAGUUCAUGAAACUGUUGAAAUGGUAAGUUCAGAAUCAAUUGCCAUAGUUCCUUCUAUAUAUGAGCAUAAAGAGAUUGAAGCAGAAAAUAUUGUUCCUGAAUUGUCAACUGAAAAGAUAGAUGAUGAUCACAAUGCUGAUGAGGGCAACAAGGAAUCUGCAGAAGAGAAAGAAGUGCCAGCCACAUGUGUUGUAAAGGUUUCUGAUACCACUCCUGCCACUGAAGUUCCUGAAUGUGCUGUGGAGCCAGAGGUGACUGUUAAAAAUGAGGAGCAAGACAGUACUGUAAAUGUUGAAAAUGAAGUAGCUGGAAAUUCUGAAGAGGUAAAAGCUUCUGACGGUGUUGGAUUGAUUGGCGAGGUGAAGAAUGAGAAUUUGGAAAGUAAAAAUUUCAAUUUGUACAAGAACACUCGAAAUAUCGAUUUAGUUGAAGCGGAAGACAGCAACAAGGCAUCUUCCAUUGAUCCAUUAGUAACAGAUGACAAACCUGUUGAACCACCUACUGUUGGUUUAGUCCAGGAACCUGCUUCCGAUUCCAAUGUGACCCUCAAUGCAAAGGAAACAGCAGAAAAGUCCCAAGAGGGAGAGCCUACGUCACAAGAACUUCCUCGAAACGAAACCUCAUUAUCCGGUACUGAAGAUCCAAUCAAUCAGGUUAAUGAAACUGUUGAAAUGGUAAGUUCGGAAGGAAUUGGUAUAGUUCCUUCUAUAGAUGAGAAUAAAGAGAUUGAAGGAGAAAAUAUUGUUCCCAAAUUGUCGACUGAAAAGGCAGACGAUGAUCACAAUGCUGAUGAGCACAACAAGGAAUCUGCAGAAGAGAAAGAAGUGUCAGUCACAUGUGUUGUAGAGGCGUCUGAUACCACUCCUGCCACUGAAGUUCCUGAAUGUGCUGUGGAGCCAGAAGUGACUGUUAAAAAUGUUGAGCAAGAUAAUACUGUAAAUGUUGAAAAUGAAGUAGCUGGAAAUUCUGAAGAGGUAAAAGCUUCUGACGGUGUUGGUUUGAUUGGUGAGGUGAGGAAUGAGAGUUUGGAAGGUGUAAAUUUGAAUUUGUACAAGAACACUCGAAACAUCAAUUCAGUUGAAGCUGAAGACAGCAACAAGGCAUCUUCCAUUGAUCCAUUAGUAACAGAUGACAAACCUGUCGAACCACCUACUGUCGGUUUAGUCCAGGAACCUGCUCCUGAUGCCAAUGUGACCCUCAGUGCAGAUGAAACAGCAGAAAAGACACAAGAGGGAGAUCCUACAUCCCAAGAACUUCUUCGAAAUGAAACCUCACCACCCAUUACUGAAGAUCCAAUCAGUAAGGUUCAUGAAACUGUUGAAGUUGAAAGUUCAGAAGGAAUUGCUAUAGUUCCUUGUAUAGGUGAGCCUAAAGAGUUUGAAGAAGAAAAUAUUGUUCCUGAAUUGCCAACUGAAAAAACAGAUGAUGAUCACAAUGCUGAUGAGGGCAACAAAGAAUCUGCCGAAGAGAAAGGAGUGUCAGACACAAGUGUUGUAAAGGUUUCUGAUACCACUGCUGCCACUGAAGUUCCUGAAUGUGCUGUGCAGCGAGAAGUGGAUGUUAAAAAUGGGGAAAAAGAAACUACUUUAAAUGUUGAAAAUGUAGUAGCUGGAAAUACUGAAGAAGAAAAUACUUCUGAAGGUGUUGGAUUUAUUGGUGAGGUGAAGAAUGAGAGUUUGGAAGGUGGAAAUUCGAAUUCGAACAACAACACUCGAGAAAUCGAUUUAUUUGGAGUUGAAGACAGCAACAAUGCGUCUUCCAUUGAUCCAGAACAUGAUCCUAAAGAGUUAGACACAGAACAAAAGCAAGCAGCCAGACAGACUCUUCUGCAUAAAAUGUUAGAGGAAAGUGCAGAAGAUAAAAAGAAAGAGACCAAGAAAGUUGAUAAUCAAAGCUUAGCUCAAAACACCAAAGACAAUAGUGACACAAAAACAGAUGGGGAGGUUCCUAAAACAGAUGUUUCUGGUAAGAAAUCUCAAAGCCCACAAAAUAGCAUUUUAUCAAAGGUGAAGAAGUCUAUUGCCAAGGUAAAAAAAGCAAUCACAGGGAAGUCACCAAGUUUGAAGACCAUGAUAACUGAAGGAAUUAAUGACACCAAAGACAAGUAGAUGAAGAGUGUAUGGAGAUGGUAGCAUGUUUUUGAGUGCAACACUUUCAUGUCUUCUGUUCUUGGCUGCCUUCUUUAAGUUAUAUGAUGUUUACAUGUUCUGCAACCUGCCCAUGCAAAUGUGCCUGCUACAUGUUGCCUUCCAGGAAGCUUGAAUACAUGUGUAUGCAAGCUAAAAUGUUGGACAAUAGUCACUGCAUCUUCAGUUAUCCAUAUCUAAGGGAAGAAUUCUUGACAGAUUCUGAUUCACAGCCAUGAGGAAAGGGUCAUUUCCUCAUAUGCAUAAUUUUCAGUAUGUAUCAUAAUGUUAUGUUUGUUAC